AUGGCUGCCGAAAGGCUUCGGCUGCUGCCGCCGCCGCUGCUGCUGCUGCUCUUCUUCUCUUGCAGCGGGGCUUUAACGCGGAACUCCGCGGGGCCGCGCUACUCCCCCGAGUGGCCCAGCCUGGAUGCGCGCCCCCUGCCUGGGUGGUUCGACGCGGCCAAGGUCGGGGUCUUCGUGCACUGGGGGGUCUUCUCGGUGCCCGCCUGGGGCUCGGAGUGGUUCUGGUGGCACUGGAAGGGCGAGCUCCAGCCCGACUACGAGAACUUCGUCCGCCGGCACUUCCCUCCGGGCACCUCCUACGCCGACUUCGCCCCGCGCUUCUCCGCCGUCGACUUCCAGCCAGAGGAGUGGGCGCAGCUCUUCCAGGACGCCGGGGCCAGGUAUGUGGUGUUUACCUCUAAGCAUCAUGAAGGCUUCACCAACUGGGGGUCGGAAGCAUCCUGGAAUUGGAAUUCAGUGGAUACUGGUCCCCACCGUGACCUGGUUGGUGAAUUGGGAGAGGCUGUCCGAAAAAGAAACAUAUCCUUUGGACUGUAUCACUCCCUUUUUGAAUGGUUUCAUCCAUUGUAUUUACUGGACAAAAAAAAUAGCUUCAAGAGCCAGUUUUUUGUCUCUGAGAAGACUCUUCCAGAACUCUAUGAACUUGUUUUAAGGUACAAGCCGGACCUUAUUUGGUCGGAUGGCGAUUGGGAAGCUCCAGAUACAUAUUGGAAUUCAACUUCCUUCCUUGCCUGGCUAUAUAACGAUAGCCCAGUUAAGGAUACCGUGGUGGUGAACGAUCGAUGGGGCGCCAAUUGCUCCUGCAAACAUGGGGGCUACUACAACUGCCAGGAUAAAUUCGAGCCCAGCUCUCUUCUAGACCACAAGUGGGAGAUGUGCACCUCUCUUGACGUAAGGUCAUGGGGAUAUCGCAGCAACAUGCAAGUUUUUGACGUCAUGAAUGGGAACACCAUUAUUCAGGUACACUUCAAAGGGACCAGCAGUCUAUGCUAUUUUCUUGGUGUGGCCAAAAGACAGUGUGCUGACUCUUUCAUCACCUGUUGUGUCUGCAAGUACUCAA